UAUUUUCAUUAAACGGUUGUUUGUUUAUCAUGCAGUUGAGCGCAUGCAGACUGGUAUGAUCCGGUUUCUUGCAUCAAAAAAUGUGAGCAUAGCAAGUUCAUUGAUUGGCUUUCACAUUCCGCCAUUUAUAUCGCAAAAGCAUUUGCAUCUACAUGGAAUUUCUCCCACCUCUGAAAUGGACUUAUCCGAUCGGAUAAGCUUCUUCAUGCCAUCGUUUUGGUUUAAAUCUGCCAACGAGGCAGUUGAAGCUUUAAAACACGAGGACCUCUAGUAAUGAAACAAGAAAGCAUGGCAAAAUAUGGCAAUUCAUCCGCUCUCGAAUCAUUGAAUCGCUCCCAACUCUAAUUACAACAAAAUAAACUUUGAACAUUUUCCCACGUCAAUUUCCCAUGUCAAAUAGUGUCCUUGCUCGUUGUUCAAAAUUGGUCAAAUACCUCAAAACAUUCAAUAACUUAAGUGUAAUUGUAAUAGUAAUCAAUUUUGAUCAAAGUAUGGGUUGCUGGCAUAUAGAUACCAAUUAAAAUAAAAAACUUUGUUGCAGAAAAUAAGUUGUAUAUCAAAAGUAUCUAAAAGGAUCUCAUAGCAACAACGCUUAUUUCAUUCGGCUUAACUAAUGGAUUUUCUAAGCAAAUACUUUGAAAUUUCAUUAAAUAAUUACGAAAACCAAAACGGAAUAAAAAUUCUAAUGUCGUGGCACCUGUCAAAAACGGAAAACGUAAUUUUUGGCAACGGUGUGCCAUGGCAACGCGUAUCGAUAGUUGGCGCAUCAAUCUAACGAUAGGUAUGAUAACGUUG